GGACGCCUCAUUACGAACGUCCCAGAUUUUUCUUAUUUUCAUUAACAAUUCAUAUUUUCAUCUCCUUCAUUCCCUUCAGCUUCUUCCCCUUCUUUCUCGUUGUUUUUUCCAACGCUGAAAGAAUUACACCAAGGCGGUGAUCGGACCGCCUGCAUUUCAUUUCAUUUUCACGUCAGGAAGCUACAUUAAGCUUCCUGUGUAACAUACAGACAUAUUUCCUAUUUUUCUUUUAAAGUUUAUUGUAUUAUUGUAAAUAAUGGCUAUGGUGUCGCAAACAACGAGCUCCUCCACGGUGGUCAAAACCAAUAGCUCGACCUCGUCAAUAUCGGUACAUACAGAGAGCUCCUCCGAGAUUUCGGUGCCUGAGGUGGAGUCACCGAGAACCAAAGCAAAAACUAAAGCUAAAAAACGCUGGGGGACUGUGCUACGCUGGAUUCCUACUUCUACUGAUCAUAUUAUUGCCGCGGAGAAGCGCCUUUUAUCUCUUGUUAAGACUCCUUAUACACAAGAAAAGGUUAGCAUUGGCUGUGGACCCCAAGGAUCUAAGGUCAAGUGGUUUCGCUCUGUGAGCAAUGAACCAAGAUUCAUCAACACGGUCACUUUUGAAAGCAAAGAGGACGCUCCCAUUCUUGUUAUGGUUCACGGAUAUGGUGCCUCUCAGGGUUUCUUCUUCCGCAACUUUGAAUUUCUUUCCAAGUAUUUUAAAGUCAUUGCUAUUGAUCAGCUCGGUUGGGGAGGAUCAAGCAGGCCUGACUUUACUUGCAAAAGUACUGAAGAGACUGAGGCAUGGUUCAUUGAGUCUCUCGAGGAGUGGCGCAAAUCCUCAAACCUUAGCAGCUUCAUUUUGCUUGGACAUUCAUUUGGAGGCUAUGUAGCAGCUAAAUAUGCUCUGAAGUAUCCUAAACACAUACAGCAUUUAAUUCUAGUCGGAACUGCUGGCUUUUCAUCGGAAACAGAGCACCGGUCUGAGCAGUUCACAAAAUUCCGGUCAACUUGGAAGGGGGCUAUCAUAAACCAUUUGUGGGAGUCAAAUCUUACACCUUCGAAGGUUAUCAGAGGUUUAGGCCCCUGGGGGCCAGAUUUGGUUCGUAAAUAUACAACAAAUAGAUUUGGUACAUAUUCAGCCGGGGAUGUUCUAAAUGAGGAGGAAUCUAAAUUAUUAACAGACUAUGUAUACCAUACUCUUGCCUCCAAAGCUAGUGGAGAGCUAUGCUUAAAAUACAUAUUUUCUUUUGGAGCAUUUGCACGGAGUCCUCUGUUAAACAGUGCAUCGGAAUGGAAAGUGCCAACCAGUUUUAUAUACGGUGUUGACGAUUGGAUGAACUAUGAGGGGGCAGUAGAAGCUCGCAAGAAAAUGAAUGUCCCCUGCGAUAUUAUUAGAGUUCCAAAGGGUGGCCAUUUUGUAUUUGUGGAUAAUCCAGUCGGUUUCCAUUCUGCUGUCUUGUAUGUUUGCCGCAGGUUCUUCUCACCUCAUCCAAGCAAUAUAAUUCCGGAAGGUUUGGCAUCUGUGUAAAUAAAAUAGCUUAUGUUGUACUAAUCAUUGUGUACAAAUAAUGCUGCAACAGUCUUACAUUCUUUUGUAACGAGCUCGCCCUCUUUGUGGCGUGGCUCUGAUAUCACAAUGUACAGAACUUACAUUUUAUCUGAAACAGAAUGAACCAAUUACAAUUGUGUGA